AUAAAAAAGUAGGGAUGAGCGCCAUGUCUGAUUCUCCGGUAGUGUAAUAGAGAACCGGACACUUUAACGUUUUAGCUCCAGGGUCGGGGAUCGCGUUCGGUCUCGGUAUCGAGGAUGUCCGAGAGCGCAGGUGUUCAGCAGGGCUCCCCGGCCAUCGGUGCGGCGGGAUCGGCUCCUGCGGCUCCGGGAGCCGGGGGAACGGAGGGUUCGGGCGCCACGGUAGGAUCGGCACGAAUCGCGGCGAAGAAGGCGCAGCUCCGCUCCUCCCCGCGCCCUAAGAAACUGGAGAAGCUCGGAGUGUAUUCCUCUUGCAAGGCUGAGGGGGGCUGUAAGUGUAACGGCUGGAAGAGCCAGAACCCCCCUCCCACACCGCCCCGUACGGACCAGCAGCCCAACACUGUCAACCUGCUGGAGCCCUGCCGCAGUUGUUCCCACACACUGGGUGACCAUGUAACCCACCUGGAGAACGUCUCAGAGGAGGAGAUGAACAGGCUUCUGGGUAUAGUCCUGGACGUGGAGUACCUGUACACAUGUGUUCACAAAGAGGAGGACGCUGACACCAAACAAGUCUACUUCUCCCUCUUCAAGCUGUUGAGGAAAUGCAUCCUACAGAUGGGCAAACCUGUGGUGGAGGCACAGGAAAGUCCUCCCUUUGAGAAACCCAGCAUCGAACAGGGGGUGAAUAACUUUGUCCAGUACAAGUUCAGCCAUCUUCCCUCCAAGGAGCGACAGACCAUUGUGGAGCUGGCCAAGAUGUUCCUCAACCAGAUCAACUACUGGCAGCUGGAGACGCCCUCACAGAGACGACAGCGGGCGCCUGCUGAUGAUGCUGCCGGGUACAAAGUAAACUACACCAGAUGGCUGUGCUAUUGCAACGUCCCUCAGUUCUGUGACAGUCUACCGCGGUACGAGACGACCCAGAUCUUCGGUCGAACCCUGCUGGGCUCAGUCUUCACUGUGAUGAGGAAACAGCUGCUAGAGCAGGCCAGGCAGGAGAAGGAUACGUUACCCCCGGAGAAACGCACUCUCAUCCUUACACACUUCCCCAAAUUCCUGUCCAUGUUGGAGGAGGAAGUGUACAGUCACAGCUCUCCCAUCUGGAGCGAAGACUUCCUGGUUGGAUCCACAGGAGGACAGAUCCCCAUCCAUACAGUGAUCAGUGCGCCACCGGUGGCCAGGCCUCUGUACUACAGCACCAGCCCAGUAUCAGUGGACCCAUCCAGCUGUGGCAGUGUCAGUCCUGCCAGAAAGACAGCCUCUGCUCUGGAACCCAGCCUAGGUGGGCAGAAGAGGAAGCCAUCGGAGCCCAUCCCCCAUGACGAGACUAAGAAGCUCAGGAUCGUCGGCGACAUCCCCAUGGAACUCAUCAACGAAGUCAUGGCAACCAUUACUGACCCGACCUCCAUGCUGGGACCAGAGACCAGCCUGCUGUCGGCCCACUCAGCCCGUGAUGAGGCGGCACGCCUGGAGGAGAGGAGGGGGGUGAUAGAAUUCCACGUCAUCGGGAACUCCCUCAACCAGAAGCCCAACAAAAGGAUCCUGAUGUGGCUGGUGGGCCUCCAGAACGUCUUCUCCCACCAGCUGCCUCGCAUGCCCAAAGAGUACAUCACACGCCUCGUCUUCGACCCGAAGCACAAGACGCUGUCGCUGAUCAAAGAUGGCCGUGUGAUUGGAGGAAUCUGUUUUCGGAUGUUUCCCUCACAGGGUUUCACAGAGAUCGUGUUCUGUGCCGUCACCUCCAACGAGCAGGUCAAGGGGUAUGGCACUCACCUGAUGAACCACCUGAAAGAGUAUCACAUCAAGCACGACAUCCUCAACUUCCUCACCUACGCAGACGAGUACGCCAUUGGCUACUUCAAAAAGCAGGGCUUCUCUAAAGACAUCAAGGUUCCCAAGGCCAAGUAUCUGGGCUACAUCAAAGAUUAUGAGGGAGCGACGCUGAUGGGCUGUGAGCUCAACCCCAGCAUCCCUUACACCGAGUUCUCUGUCAUCAUCAAGAAACAGAAGGAGAUCAUAAAGAAACUGAUAGAGAGGAAGCAGGCUCAGAUCAGAAAGGUCUACCCAGGACUUUCCUGUUUUAAGGAAGGAGUUCGGCAGAUUCCCAUUGAGAGCAUUCCUGGAAUACGAGAAACUGGAUGGAAACCGGUGGGCAAAGGGAAGGAGCUGAAGGAUCCAGAUCAGCUGUACAGCACCCUGAAGACCAUCUUACAACACGUUAAGAGUCACCAGAAUGCCUGGCCAUUCAUGGAACCAGUGAAGAAGACUGAGGCUCCUGGUUACUACCAAGUCAUCCGCUUCCCCAUGGACCUGAAGACGAUGUCAGAGCGUCUGAAGAGCAGGUACUACACCACGCGGAAGCUCUUCAUGGCCGACAUGCAGCGCAUCUUCACCAACUGUCGAGAGUACAACCCUCCAGAGAGCCAGUACUACAAGUGUGCCAACCUGCUAGAGAAGGUCUUCUACACCAAGAUCAAGGAGGCGGGCCUCAUUGAGAAGUGACGGGAUGGGAGGGGCUUCAAGGGAGAUGGGAGGGGCUUAAAGGGAGAGUGUGGUUUAGUUCUAAUGAUUUUCAAAAGGUUUUUAUUGUCUUAGUCUUUAUUUUUCUACUCUUGUCAACUAGAAAAACAGUAGGACCGGCUAUAUGGAGUAGGGAGGAGGGUGUUAGGUUCAUUGGAAUACUCAAUGUCUGCUGUUCUAUCACUCUCUUCUCCAUCCUUGUCAUACUGCCUCCUCUGUCCUUUACUCUGUGUUAUCAGUCUCUGCUUCUCCCUUGCUCCACCUUGUCUUUGUUGACUCAGGAAAACAGAUGUCAUGUAGAAACUCCACCUGUACAGCUAACCUAACCCUACAUCUGUUCAGAGUCCUACUACAUGUAGACGUCACAUCUGUGAACAGCUGGACUGUCUGGGAGAAACGGGGAGGGAUAGUCAGCCAGUCAGUUACUCAGCCAUUCAGUCUGUCGGUCUCCAGAUUGGUGUUACUGGGUCGUAAUGGUGUAGGGUGAAGUUGCCCCUAGACACUGAUCUUGGGUCAGUUUUGCAUUUUCCCUACUAAUGUUAACAGUUAUGAUUGUGGGAUGGGAAGCUGAUCCUUGAUCUGUACCUAGGGGAAACCUCUCCUCAGGAGCCAUAGUAAUCAGUAAUUAGUUCUAAUGUGUAUGUGUGUGUUACCUAACGCGCGUGUGAGUGUUCACAUGACAUCAUGCGAGGUCUGUGUCUCAGAAUGUAUGAGGUCAAAGUUUCUAUGUAUGUUAUUAGAGUUCAUCCUGCCAAAAAAAGGACAAUUAUAUUUCAAAUCCGUAUGUAUACAUUAAGUAAUUCAAGAGGUUAAACCUCUUGAAUUAUUUAAUGUAUAUUUUCAAUGUACUGUAUAUAAGUUACCCGUCUUGCUUGUCCAUGUAAAAAGUCUCAUAAGGCAAAAGGUGACCAUGGAAAUGCACUUAUUUAUUUUUCAAGCAACUAUUCAGCACCUCAUGGUGAAUAAGAACAUUUUUGUUUUCCAUCGAGCUGUUUUGUGUUUUUAGGGAAAUGCACGCUAUGGCUAAUUUAACCAUGUAUAGUUAAUCCUUAUUUAUGUGCUAUAAUUUAAAGGAAUAAUGCUUAACAAAAGGUCUUAAUUUAUUUUGCCAAAUUAUUUCUGUCUAGCAAAUGGAGAUUGCUACCUUUGUACUUUGAAGAUAAAAGAAAAGAGAUUGUGCAGUACUAUCUUGUUUUUCUGUUUUGUAUAAAGAUGUUUGUACUUUUUAAACUAUAGGAUAAAUCUGGAUUUUGUGAUAUGUCUGGAGGAGUUAUUACAUGGCCUUUGUACUAUUGCUUUUAAUGCCGUAGUUAUAACCGAUUUUAUAGACUAAUUAAAAUAGAAGUGAAAAUAA